CGAUGCUCGCCCUGACUUCCUGCUCCGGACCCAGCUUCGCCGCGCCGCUGGCGCCUGCGACGCGCGCGGCGCGCGGCGCGGCCUCGCCGACCAUGGGCGUCGAGACCGAGCUUGGGGCGACCGGCCCGCUCGGGUACUGGGAUCCAACAUCAAGUUCGCCGACCUCCCCAACGGCAUCGCCGCCUUCAAGGCCAUCCCGCCCGCCGGCCUGUUUCAGAUCCUGCUCUUCAUCGGGGCGAUGGAGGCCUUCACGUGGCGGUACUACGAGGGCCCGUGGCCGGGCAAGGUGCCCGAGGGCAAGGCGCCCGGCGACGUCGCGGGCGACUUGUGGGUGCGCUACACCGACCCCGAGGAGAAGGCCUUCAAGCUCAACGCCGAGAUCAACAACGGGCGGGCGGCGAUGAUGGGCUCCCUCGGCACGCGACCAUGCUGCGGGCCCGCAGCACGCCUCGCGCACGAGCCCCCGACCCCUCGAGCCGCCCCUCCGCCUCCCCGCAGGCAUGCUGAUGCACGACCACAUCCUCGGCACGUGGGUGCCGCCCGGCUUCGAGUAGAGCCGCCGCCAACCUGCCGUUUCCCGGGAGGCCGCACGCACCACGCCGCCUUCCCGGCCGCGCCCGCCAGCCGGGGCGCGCCGCCGAGGCGACGCGCGCCCGCCGCAGUCUCGCUGCCCCCCCCCUUUCCCCUGCCCGGUGGGCGGAGCGGGGGGCGGAGUUGCUCGGGCGAGCGCGCACCCACACCAUUUUACGCUCUGCUGUGAUGAGAGACUUAGCAUCCGGAUGUGCACGCGCUCCACACACCGCAUGUGUUGUUGUUUUGGAUAGCGCGUAGAGGGACUUG